AAUAUCAUGGUGUUUAAUCAAGUUCAGAAAGCAAUGACAGAAAUGUCAUAAGAAUCUAUCCAGGUUUUGUUCAUUUGCUAGCUCUUUCCAACAACAUUAGGAAGUAUUCAUAAGGACAGAAUGUUUAUAUGCCAGGUUCAACCUUUUCCCAAGAUAUUCCAUCAUGAGUUGUGAAGAAGUUUGAGCCUAUAUAAAAUAAACCUCUGAGCAGCAAGAGUAAACGAUAUGCAACACUAGCCUCACGGGAGGUAGUAUACUGUACUGUACUGAAUUAGAAAGCCCUGAAAAUUCAUGGAAAAAUGGAAAAUAUCACGUCUUACGUCAUAAUGUCCUAUCAAUUCUGAUUGGAUCAGAAGAUAAAUUCAUGAAACUUUGAAGAAAUCAAAAGCAAAACUGCAGAUUUCAUAUGGGAACCAACAAAUGUGUGUUAACAAUAUCGAUCAUUCUAGAUGGUCUGGAUCUAUAACCAACCCAAAAUGAAUCUCAUUCAAACAACAGGAUUUAAUUGUAAAUACCGGUAUGGCACAUCAAAUGACUAAAGAGGAGAUUAUUGAGGCAAUGGACAUAGCCUUCCUUAAAUCGGCCUUAAUAAAUGUAAAAGAAGAUGUCUUUACAGAGUUAUGUAAAGAGUACAAUAAAGCAACUGAUGGUAAGGGGCAGCAAGGAGCUCCUCCAAACUGUUCCAAACUAAUUGACAAUGGGGAUCAUGUCUCCCCUGGAGUCGAUCCAGGUUUUAGAGAGGCAUGUACAAGUACAAGUGAAGAUCGACAAGCAGUUCAGGCAACAGAAAAUGAUGAUUAUUCAUUUGCUAACAGCCACCAGUCAACAAUAGAUUUCCUAAAGAAAAAAAAUAAAGAGUUGUCUGCAGCUAAUUGCAGACUUGAAGACAAGUUGCAAUUUGUUUCUCAGAAAUUACAAGAAUUAAAAUGCAAACUUGCUGACUUUGAAAAGGAAAACCUGGGGCUAAAACAAAGAGAUGUUGGAGGAGUGAAUCUUGAGACUUUUCAUGUGAAUCAGGAUAAAUUGAUUUCAUUGAAAAAAACCAACAAUCUGCUGAAGCAUGAUCUUGAAAACAAAACAAGUGAAUGUGAAAACAACACAAAAAUCAUGUGGCAGCUCCAUGGGUCACUCAAGAAAUUUAAAGAAGAUACCAAAAUUAUCUUGGAAGUGACCAAAUUGUACUUAGAAGGUCAUCUUGCGGCUAAAGAGCAAGAAAUUCUGUUCCUUAAAGAGGAAUUGAAGAAGAAAGAUUCCUGAUUUUAAAAAUCAGUCUAGAUCAUCAAAUGGUCUGCUGAAGUUAACGUCUAAAAUCAUAAUCUGGUUUCCACUGGAGAGACUACCAAGGGAGUACACCCUGACUUAGCUUCAUCUCAUAAUGUGGUUCAACAAUGCUUGUGAGGUGUCAUUUUUACUAUCACUACCAGCUGUGAGAUAUAUAGUUAUUGCUAUUUUAAAAUGGUUGCAAAGCAAAUAUUGCAAAGCAAGUUAUUUAAAUGGACUGCAUGCAGACUUCAAGUCAGUGUGUUACACAUUUGUAUUUAUUUCUAAAAA